AUGUUAUAUAGGAGUAUAGUAAUGUUAUGUGUAGUGACGUGGUCGGCGACAGGUGAGCGGCACGGACUGUGGCGUGGCGAUGAUUACAACAUUGAAGCCAUCGACAACUGGUGGGACAAUUACGACAAACAAAUGGAUAACUUAAAUAAAGAACUGAGGCAGCAGACUCGCACAGAGAUCGUCGGUGAUCAAUACUGGGUAUAUAUCGAGAUGCCAGGGUUUAAUACAGAGGACAUAUCAGUGAAGUCGAAGAAGGGACUCCUAGUGGUGCGGGCCGCUCGUCCGCUGAACGACUACCAGCACGUGAGCGCCCUGCCCGACUAUGUCGAUGAACACGGCAGCUGGUCCUACAACCACGGCCUACUUACAGUUGUCUAUCCUCUUGAACGGCGACCUCCUACCGAUGCCAGCACCAGCCGCCUCUACUUGUGA